ACUUUCAUAGGUGGAAAUGAAACCGUGUAGUUUAUCCCGGAACUAGCACUUUCCUUCCAUAUUCCUUUGAUGGAGAGAAUCGACUCUCAUGAUUCCGGCAGAUCAACAGACAAACGCACACAUGAAGGACAAGAGCAGCUCAUGGAGCUGCAUUGAAUCUGAAGUCUGUCCGUCUUCUGUCUGUCCAGUCCACGGGUCCAUCUCCAUCUCCGCUCAUCAUCUGUGGUUGCUCGCUCGGCGGGAUCGAAUCUCAGGAGUAGUACGUGUCCUCCCCUUCCCCUUCCCCUCGGCCCUCCAGCUGCACAAUGUGCCACAGCCUCAAUCGAGGGGCAGUUUGUGUAUUCGCCCUGAGAUUCCUUCGUGCCUCCUGCACAGAACGACCUCUCCGCCUCCUCAUCCGCUCGCCCGCUCACCCACAAGUUUGUUAGUUGAGCUUUGAAUCCUCGUGGACUUGUGAAUUCUCGUGGACUCGAUUCGACGGUUCGUCGAUCUUGCAUUUCUGCCUUCCGAGGAAUUAUCGAAGGUCAAGGCGUCAUGGCGUCUAAUGGGAGUGCUUCCUCUCACAUUACCUUAAACAAUGGGCGUCAAAUGCCAGUAGUCGGCUUGGGGACCUGGCAAGCUGCGCCUGGUGUCGUUGGAGCUGCUGUGGACGCUGCAGUCAGGGGUGGAUAUCGCCACAUCGAUUGCGCUUACGCUUACUUCAACGAGAAGGAGGUCGGUGACGCUUUACAGAAGCUGUUCAAAGAAGGCGUUGUGAAGAGAGAAGAUUUGUGGAUCACCUCUAAGCUCUGGAAUGAUCAUCAUGGACCCGAGGAGCCCUUUAAAUGUCUGGAGACGACACUCACUAACUUGCAGUUGGAGUAUCUGGAUCUUUACUUGAUUCAUUGGCCAGUGCCUUUGAACAAAGGCUACACCUGGCCAUUACAGCCACAUAUGUUUGAUACGACUAGAUCCAUCAAAGAAGACACUAAAGAAACGUGGCAAGCAAUGGAAAAGAUUGCGGAAUCUGGUAAGGCACGAUCGAUUGGCGUCAGCAACUUCUCCGCCAAGAAGUUGGAGGAUAUGAUGGAGUACGCAAAGGUGGUCCCUGCAGUGAACCAGGUCGAAUGCCAUCCGAUGUGGCGCCAGGACAAGCUCCGAGCUUACAUGAAAACCCACAACAUUCACCUCUCUGCCUAUUCACCCCUCGGUACGUGGGGAACAUCAGGAGUGAAGAUAAAUCUUCUAGAUCAUCCACUUCUGACAAAGAUUGGUGAGAAGUACGGUAGAACUCCUGCACAAGUGUCACUCCGGUGGGGAGUUCAGAUGGGAAACAGCGUUUUGCCUAAGAGUACCAAAGCCGAGCGCGUGAAAGAAAACCUCCAGGUUUCUGACUUCUCUCUGUCAGAUGAAGAUAUGUCGGAGCUGGAGAAGUUAGAGCAGACGAGGUUCCUGCAAGGCACGUUUUGGGUAAACGAUUCAGGAAGCUUUUACAAGAAAGCUGAGGACCUUUGGGAUGGUGAGGGUAUAUGAUCCAAUCAAAAAGAGGAGCGACUUUGUUAGUAACCAGGAAUAGCAAUUGUAAUAGAAAGUAGAUCAGGCAAGUGAUUCUUAUUUUCCUGGUUGAAGUUCGUAUCUCUCCUUAGUUUAGCUCUUAAGUUGCCUAGGUUCAGAGUUGAGAAGGUCCUUGUUUAAGUUUCACAGCUACCAAGUCCGUGCAGUGUAAAUGCAUCGAUACAGUUUUGACUCUCCUUAUGAUACAGCAGCUUUUUGCAUCACUGCUCAUCACUGUCCUCUUUUGGUACCGUCUUGAGAUUCUCUCAGUGAUGGUCGCAUCCAUCGGCGGAAGUCGCAGCUUUUGUUUCUCGAUAAACGUCGGACCUGUCUUGCCUGCCAACUCGAUUUCAUGUGUUCUGUCUCAUAUGUAUCGUGUCGCCCCCAAAGUUGCCUGCCAAUGCCGAGGAAGCUAACCAUAACCUGACAUUGAGUUCAUCAAUGCAAAGACCGUCGUUCCAGAUUGAGAACCUUGUAAAUGUAUCAGGGAAAAUGCCAGUGGAAUUGUAAAUACUUAGCAAAAAGCAGAGACAGACUGUUCAUAUUUCAAGCUUCUU